AUGAAUUUGUUUAUACUCUGUCUUCUCACUUUUUUCACUUACAUUUAUUUUUGGAUCAAAAAUCGUAAAAAUUAUUGGAAAAAUUUAGGAUUCGAAUAUAUAAAGUUGGAAUUUCCUUAUGGAUCAUUUAAAGGAAUAGGAACAGAAAAGCCACUGUGUAGCGGUUUGGAUGAAUUUUAUCAAAAAUUCAAAGGGAAGGCAAAAGUUGUGGGAUUGUACAGUUUUGUGAAGCCUGUAUUGUUGGUCAUAGAUCCGGAUGUAAUUAAGCACGUCAUGAUCCAAAAUUUUGAUACUUUUCAUGAUCGGUAUCUUUAUUAUAAUCAGCGAGACGACCCAAUAUCAGUUCAUUUGCUAGCACUUCAAGGAAGUGAAUGGCGAGAUCGCAGAGCGAAACUAACGCCAACAUUUACAUCCGGAAAAAUGAAACUUAUGUUCGAUACCAUUCAGAACAUCAGCAAUCAGCUGGUUGUGACUUUAGACAAAUCGAUAAAUUCAUCAGCAGAAACGGAAAUGCAUGAAAUAGUUGCACGAUUUACAACUGACGUUAUAUCGAAUGUCGCAUUUGGCUUAGACAGCAAUUGCCUAAACAAUCCAGAAUCAGAAAUGCGGAAAUAUGGAAAAGAUAUGUUAGACUUUACACCAUACGAUUUUCUUAAAUUCCAAUUUACAUGCUCAUUUCCGGAUUUGUCGAGAAAAUUGCAUCUUACAGCAAACAAACCGAAUGUCAUUGACUUCUUCUACAAUACAUUCCGUAAAAAUAUUGAACAAAGAGAACGGACGGAUUCUUAUCGCAAAGACUUUCUACAAAUUUUAUUGGAACUUAAAAAGAGUUCAACAUUGACUGUUGAUGAGCUUGCUGCUGAGAGUUUUAUAUUCUUCUUAGGAGGUUUUGAGACAUCCAGCAGUUUAAUUAGCUUCGCAUUAUAUGAGCUAGCUCUUAAUCCUGACAUUCAACAGCGUGCAAGAGAUGAAGUUAGACAAGCACUUGAAGAAAAUGAUGGAAAAAUUACAUAUGAAUUAGUCAACAGAUUAGAUUAUCUUGAAAUGGUAGCUAAUGAAGCAUUGAGAAAAUAUCCACCAGCAUAUUUUCUAAAUAGAGUUUGUAACAAGGAUUUUAAUAUUCCGGAUACAGAUUUGGUGAUUCCAAAAGGAACUUAUAUUAAUGUUAAUGUUUAUUCAUUACAUUAUGAUCCUGAAUACUAUCCUGAGCCCCAAAGUUUUGAUCCUGAAAGAUUUACAUCAGAGAAUGUUAAGAUGAGGCCUCAAUGUUCUUACAUGCCAUUUGGUGAUGGACCGAGACGUUGCAUUGGAGGACGAUUUGGCAUGAUGCAGUCAAAAAUGGGACUAGCUAAAUUAAUUCUGAACUUUCAGUUUUCACCAUGUGAAAAAACUGUCGUGCCGAUGAGGUUCACCCCAUCAUCAUUAUUCUUGGAAUCAGCUGAUAAAAUAUGGCUGCAUGUUAAGAGAAUUUAA